AAAAGAAUAAUUUGAAAUUCGUCAGACGGUGGAAGUCUGUCCAGUCCAGCGACGAAAGGGAGGCGGCGGCAGGAGCGAGGUGUGGGUGGAGGAUGAGGUCGGAGGAGGAUACGGCGGCGACGACGGAAGAGGCAACAAGGCCAGUCUACAGGAGUGCGAAUCCACGAGGAGAAGAAGAAUAGAAAUUUUAAACCCUAAUUGUAUUUCGGGUGGACUCUCUCUCUAAAUCCGACCCGACUUUUUUCCCCCUAUUUGCGAUAUUGAGGCGCUGAAGAAGAGAACAGGGUGGAUGACAACGCAAGUACCGGUCUCAGAUCGAAGCCCUGAAGCCUUCCUUCUCUACUUCCUUAGCAAAUUUGAAGAAGUUUGAUAAAGCCUGAAGAUUUUGAUUGACAGGAAAUCUUGAUCAUGAUUGUGGCUCAUAAUACUUGAUUCUUGUCCAUCUCGAAAGUUCAAUUGAAGCGUUGCACUGUGCUGAAUCGGCCUGAGAUAUCGAAACUUUCCUAAUAGUAUUCGAGUCAAACUAUUGCUAUACAUAAAGAAUUGGGAUAGCUGUUUUCCUCACUGUUUGAGCUCCAUGUGCAAUCCAAAAAGAACUAUCUUUAGUUGAAGGCAGAGAAGAUUAGUCACUUUAUGCAACAUCGUAGUUGAUUUUGAAGCUUCUGACAACUCCUGCAACUCUCUAGAAGAUUGUUUUUAUGGGCAUUACUCUCUCACAAAUCAAGCUAUAACUCUACCAAAAUUUCAUCAUAUGUUUGUCCAAUCACCAAUGAGUUGAAGAAUUAAUAAAUAACUGUCAGUAGUAGUUUUAGCCUUUUCUAACUAAUCCUACUUUUUUGUUGACCCAUUUACCCUAGUUGUUCUUCUUACUCACCUAAGCAUUUUGCGUAUCUACAGAAGUUAAUUGGCAAACUGGAGCUGGUAAAAUUGCUUCAUGGUUACAGAAGGUCACAUGCGUUUGGAAAGGGAAUAUCACAUGGAUAAUACUAGUUAUGUGGAUUCAGUUGUUGCAUAUUUCUUCCAACCAUUCUUUCAAUUGUAUAAAACCCUUUUCCAUAGCACAUGACCUUCUAGAACAAUUCAGCACCUUUACAUCUCUUAGUAGAUAUAGAAAGGUAAAAGACAAGGGAGUUGACAAGGCCUUGAAAGUUUUGGAUUCAGUUAUCCCCAGAACCAGUGAUGUUCAAGGUAAGUCAGGCCUUCAUCAACUGAUAAAUGGUUGCAUGCAUGAUCUUCUCAAUGUUGAUCAACAGAAUUGCUUCAAAUCUGUUAAGAAGAGUGCAAGAACUAAUUUGUUCUAUAAAGUCAAAGAUAUAGUUGAAACGAGACGUCACAAAGAAUCCUUGUUAUAUACUAGAACAAAUAACAAAAUAAAGGAAGAUGCUCUUUUGCCAUUUUUCAAAUUGCACAAUAGAGGGAUAGAGUUGGAUUUUCCCACCAUUUCUUUCAUCAUUAGUUCUUGUGCUUCCUCUGGGGCUUUUGGCACUGGAGUCCAGCUUCAUGCUCUCUCAAUUAAAAAUGGUUGUGAAAUAUCUUUGACCACAGGGAGCUCAUUGAUCAGCUUAUAUUCCAAGCUUGGGCAGUUGCAAGAUGCUUAUUAUAUUUUUCAAAUGAUGCCUGUCAGAAAUAUUGUAACUUGGACUGCUAUAAUUGCAGGUUAUGCACAGUACCAGGAGGUCGAGACAUGUUUGCAACUAUUUUCUUCAAUGAGACAAGCAAUGAUAGAACCAAAUGACAUCACAUUUCUAUGCAUCUUGAGUUCAUGCACCACUACUGCAUAUCUUGGGUUUGGAAGGAGUGUUCACUCUUUAGAACUUAAAAUGGGUUUUGGUUCUUAUACUCAUGUUUCUAAUGCAUUGAUCUCGAUGUAUGCUAAAUGUGGUAGCAUCAAUGAAUCUCAUUUUGUCUUUGAGAAUAUGCAAUUCAGAGAUCAAAUCUCAUGGAACUCCAUGCUUUCAGGAUUCUCACAACACGGGCUUGCUGAUACAGCCAUAGAUUUGCUGAAUCAGAUGUAUGCACAGAAUGCAACACCUGAUGCUAUUUCUUAUUUAUGCGUUCUUUCGUCAUGUCGGCAUGCAGGACUCAUGGAGAAAGGACAACUUUGCUUUGACCUAAUGCUUAAACAUGGGGUAAGUCCAGAAUUAGAUCACUACUCAUGCAUUGUUGAUCUUCUUGGCCGUGCAGGGUUGUUGGAAGAAGCAUUGGAUGUCAUCAAGAAAAUGCCCAUGCGUCCGAAUGCUGUUAUAUGGGGUUCAUUGCUGUCAUCAUGUAGGGUUCAUAGAAAUGUCUGGAUAGGCAUCCAUGCUGCUGAAAAUAGGCUUUCGCUAGAACCACAAUGUGCCGCAACUUAUCUUCAGUUAGCAAAUCUUUAUGCAAGUGCAGGGUAUUGGAAUCAUUCAGCAAAAGUUCGAAAAUUGAUGAAGGAGAGGGGUUUGAGAGCGAGUACCGCAUAUGCCUGGAUUGAAAUUGGGGGCAAGGUCUAUAAGUUUAAAACAGAUGGUUCAGACAAUCAGUUUAAUGAGAUAUUGACAAUUUUGGAUUGCUUAGCAUGUCAUAUGGAACUCUUUGAGUGCCCUGAUGAUGAGAAUUUCAUUCUUUGAAUAUGAAUAGCUAUGCCAUGGAGAAGUUCAAUUUGCAUCUCAUUUAUACUCUUAAGAUUGAGGCUUUGUGGCUACAACAACCUUCCCAUGCAAGGAAAGUCUAUGCAGCUUUGGGUUACACCUUGGUUGAUCUACUAGAACCUAUUCUUCAAGGUUCAAAGAAAUCUAAAAGCAGGAUGGUCGCAUAUGCUAGGUAAAAAGCUUCUUGCGCGAGCUGAUUCAACAUACAUUGUAUUGCAAUUUUGAAUGAAGGUGAUCGAUUUUGUCCCAUGAAAAUUUUCUAUUGGCCACCAAGUAAAUCUAGAAAAGCAAAUGACCCUUCGCUUUUCUAGCGUUGAGAACAUUAAUCCGCACUUUGUUUAAUGUUCUAAUUAUUUCAUAAACAUAUCACAUGACAUUUAAGAUUCUUGGGAAAAUGAUAGAAGUCCAGC